AUGAAAUCCCUCCCUGUGCUCCUGCUGGUGCUCCUGGACCUGGGACUGGUCCAUGGGGCUGUGCACAGGGUGCCCCUCAGAAGGCAUCAGUCCGUCCGGAAGAAGCUGCGGGCCCAAGGCCUGCUCUCGGACUUCUGGAAGUCCCAGAACUUGGACAUGAUCCAGUUCAUCGAGUCUUGUCAAAUGGACCAGAGUACCAAUGAGCCCCUCAUCAACUACCUGGAUAUGGAGUACUUCGGCACUAUCUCCAUUGGCUCUCCGCCUCAGAACUUCACGGUCAUCUUUGACACUGGCUCCUCCAACCUCUGGGUCCCUUCUGUUUACUGCACCAGCCCAGCAUGCAAGACACACCCGGUCUUCCACCCAUCCCAGUCCAGCACAUAUGAAGAGGUAGGGAAUCGUUUCUCCAUCCAGUAUGGUACUGGGAGCCUGACAGGAAUCAUCGGAGCUGACCAAGUCUCUGUGGAAGGACUGACUGUGGAGGGCCAGCAGUUCGGAGAAAGUGUCAAGGAGCCCGGGCAGACCUUUGUGAAUGCUGAGUUUGAUGGGAUUCUGGGUCUAGGAUACCCGUCAUUGGCUGCUGGAGGGGUAACCCCAGUGUUUGACAACAUGAUGGCCCAGAACCUCGUGGAUCUGCCUAUAUUUUCUGUCUACUUGAGCAGUGACCUACAAGGUAGCUCAGGCAGUGAGCUGACUUUCGGAGGCUAUGACCCCUCUCAUUUCUCUGGGACUCUCAACUGGAUUCCAGUCACCAAGCAAGGUUACUGGCAGAUUGCACUGGACGGGUGA